AGAAAAGCCCUUAGGAUCUUUUGCAGAGACUAAGUCCCAGCUGUAAAGACUUGAGACUUGGAGUAGUGCAGCGGAAAUUCUUGAACUUUGAUUGAACUCUUGAGAUUGAGUUAAGUUCUCCUCCUACAGCUUACCCCCUAGUGCGUCGAAAGCCAUAGCGUCGCGAAUACUUCAUCAAUCAACGUGAUUCAAAUUGGGAACGGUAGCUGAGAUUAAGAGCUACAACAUAUCCAAGUUUCGCGACAUUCCAACGGCUAGGUUUUUGUCGACGUCGUUUCUUGUGAAGACGACUUUUCUGUCCAGAAUUUCGGAUAUAUAUUUUGAGUAAUUCUAGCUCCUAAGUUCACCUAGACUCCGUCCUUAAUUCUAACAAGUGGUAUCAGAGCGAUAUUAAGGACAUUGAGAGGAGUCUACAGAAGUGUGAAGACCCUUCUAGACCCACCAUGGCCUGUGGGUGUGCCUAAGUGGUGUUCUAAAGGUUGGAUGUGUCUUCCGCUAAGGGGAAACUCUGCCGAAAUUUCGUGGACGCCGACACUUGUGAAAAUAUCGAGGGAGCUGAGUGUGGACAGCAAAGGGGAGCUGAAAUUCGUCAUUUCUCAAGGAGAAGAUGAAUGAGAGAGGAGGAGAUGCUAAUGGAAGAGGAGCUCUGCCGUGCUAAGCUUGGGAAGAAGGUGCUGUGGAGUCUGGAAGAGGAGACCAGCUGCAUCAAGGACCUGUGGCAGCUGCCCAUCAUCCCUUGGAAUGGGAAGACUCCAACAGCAGCAACGGCAGCAGCGGCAAAGGCAACAGCAGGAGGAGAUGCAACUGCACCAACUGAUGGGGUGCUGGAAGCAGUCAAGAAAGUGCAGAAGCAGCAGACACAUGGUGAGGAGAAAAGGGGGAAGUUGGAGGCUUCUGGAAGAUGGGGUGUGCACUUGGGGAUUGCAAAGGAUCACAAGGGGUGGCUGCUAUGGGACUUGACCACCCAGAAGUUGACAGUGUCAAGGGAUGUGAAGUUUCUUGAGUCCCUGUACUACAAGGAAUGGAAGCAGCAGCAACAGAAGCUUCCAUCUACACCGCUCAUUGUGGAGGCGGAUGAGGUGCAGCGGCCUUCAAGACAGGUAGAGGUUGCAGUGUCAGAGGAGGAGAUGUCUGGGGUGACUGAGGAAGGGGGAGCAGCUGAAGUAGAGCAGCAGCAGCAGCAGCAUGAGUCUCCACCUCGAGUUCCACACCCGCCUGAGCAUUCUUGAACUUUGAUUGAACUCUUGAG